GCACAGCAUUGGUCACUCUCUGUAACGUACGUUUGUUUUCCGCCACACAAGACCAAACGUGCGAGUUUCGUCUUAUGAAUUAGUGGGUAACGUUAACUUCUUAAUCUUGGUUUGUUUGCAAAAAGAUGAUUGAAGUGGUGUGCAACGAUCGUCUGGGCAAAAAGGUCCGGGUGAAGUGCAACUCAGAGGACACCAUUGGAGACCUGAAGAAACUCAUCGCCGCCCAGACCGGCACCCGGUGGGACAAGAUUGUCCUGAAGAAAUGGUACACAAUUUUUAAGGACCAUGUCACGUUGGGAGACUAUGAGAUCCAUGAUGGGAUGAACCUGGAACUGUACUACCAGUAGUCAGUACGACAGUUCGCACAACUACCAGUAGAUGACAGUACUGGGAUGACAUUCAGACCGUUGGAACACGCUGAAAGACUCUCCAAACACACACAAACACACUCAAUUUGCAGUUCUCUUUCAUACCUACCAUCAUUUCCAAAAACAUUGUUCUUUCCUUUGUAAUAUUACUUCAGUAAAUAUUUAGUACAUAUUAACUUAAUUACACACACACACACACACACACACACACACACACACACACACACACACUAACCCAGAUGCACACAUGACUAUGGAAUAACGUAUGUUACGGAGUAUAUGAUCAUGAUACAGGAUAGAUGCAAGUUGUUUUUUUGUGAUGCUUUUAUUUUGAUAUCCUUUGGAAAUAAAUAAGAAAAAUCAAAAACA